UCUUUUUCCAUAGCCAUAAGUCGUUACACAACAUAUUUACAAGCGUCUAUUAUAAGCCAAACAGAGUUCCAACCCAAACUGCUUGCCUCUCGCACGAUUUCCAACGCGAAAACAGACGAAAUAUUCACUAAUCUUCUCAUACAACAUGGAAGAAAAGCCCUGUUCGAGAAUGACGAGACGUAUUCAAGGGGAGAAGAGCUUGAGUACUAUGGGAAAGUCAGUGGUACUCCAGUCAAGCACUGCAGUGAAAUAUUUCUUGGCAUGAUUGAUGAUCAGGAAAGUGCUAAUUCUAUUCUUGUCGUUGGAAAAGCGGGGAUUGGGAAAACCCUGUUUUGCCAAAAGGUGAUACGCGAUUGGGCCAAAAACGAAUUACUUCGAGCACUAGAAAGCACUGAAAUCCCCAAUUUAAAAUUUGUGUAUUUGCUUACUUUCCGUCAGUUGAAUUUGCUCAAGAAUAAGCAUUUGACUUUAAGAGAAAUCUUAAAUUUUUCCUCUGUACUGAAUGACAAAUGUAAUAUUAACGAAUCAACAUUUGAGUACAUUGUAAAGCAUUCCAAGGAAGUAAUGAUAAUUCUCGACGGCUAUGAUGAGUAUUCUCAGAAAACCAGUAUCGAUGGAAACUCAGAAGGACGGCAUCCCAAUGACGUUAGACGUAAAAUGCCGGUGGCCGCACUGUGUUCUAAACUCAUCAAUGGAAAAAUCCUGCAAGGGGCUAUCGUCAUGAUUACCUCGCGACCUGAUGAAUCGGACAACAUGGGAGGAAUCCGUUAUAAACGGUAUGUGGAAAUUGCUGGUUUUUCGGCAGAACAAGUCAAAGAGUACAUAAAGAAAUACUUCAAGAAAAACGAAAAUAUGAAGAACGCUGUACUUAAACAUGUCAUGAACAAUGAGAAUCUUGUCAGUUUUGCUCAUAUUCCUAUGCUCUGUUAUCUGUUGUGCUUCGAGAUGGAGUAUGCCCUAACCGAAUCAGAAAAUUCUGAUGACCUUCCUGUCUCAAUAACCGACAUUUAUACCAAACUUGUUGAUAUUUUUGAACUCAAGCACUGCGCCGAGUCAGAAUACAGACAAAAAGAAAUUCCUGAGAAGUUCAAGCCCCCUCCUGUCAUCAAGAACACUUUGGAGAAAUUAUCAAAUUAG